UGGCAGAUAGUUAAUCAUUAUUUUGUAUUUUUUUACCCCAAUUUUAAAUGAAAAUUUGUAAAAAAAAUUAAAAAAAAUCAUGGAAGCUAUAUUUAAUGAUUUACAGAAGCAGGGGAAAAAUAAUGUGGAUAAUCUGGUCAAAUGGUUUAAAGAUGCAAAAAUAAUAGACCAAAGCAAAGAACAAGAGGAGAAACUACGCAGCUUCUUCGCCGACGUGCCGGACAAGAAGAACGUGGCCGUGGACAAGUUUAAAGAAGUUCUCGGUAAAGUCACAGAAGAAUUCAAGAAGAACGCAGAAGUAGUGGCCAAGCAGUUGGCGGAGAGCGGGCCCAAUGUGCUGCAGUCGGUUAAACAGGCGGCCACGAGCGCGAUAAAAGAUCUCAUACCGAAAUUCUAGAGGAAAUAAAGUGGUUUGUGA